AGAGGAGAAAUUUAUUAUAUUCGAAAUAGUGAACUAUAAAUUGAAGGUAAAAUAACAGUAAAGUAGCUUUAUUUAGACUAUCUCGAAUAGCUCAAGAUGUGACAAAAAUAUUUCUAUCGUGACGACAACCAAGAGCUAUAAAUUGAAUAAUGAGUGUUCAGCCAGUCAAUCCACGCCCAUUCCUUAACGAUCUCACCGGUAAAGCUGUACAAGUGAGGCUCAAAUGGGGAUUGGAUUAUAAGGGAUAUCUCGUAUCAGUUGACAAUUACAUGAAUUUACAGCUGGCGAACACGGAAGAAUUCCAGAAUGACAAAUCAAAUGGUGCGUUAGGAGAGGUUUUCAUUCGUUGCAACAAUGUACUCUGGUUGAAACAAUCAGACGAUGUCCCAAAUCAAGCUAAAGAGGAAGAAAUGGAACAAUAGAACAAAAGACGUAAUCUACCCCUUAGUUUAUUUAGCUAUACACAUACAAAAGCCUGUAUCAGUCCAAUUAAUGUAUAAAGUUAUGACGCCGUUAUUUGCCU